AUUGGAAAAUCUUCAUUAGCAAUAAAUAAGAAGAAAAUGUUGAUUCAGUUGGCAGUCCUUAAUUACUGACAUUUCAGUUAGGUAACAAACCAAAAAGUUCCUGAAUGUCACUUUCUUUUGCUUUGUCAAUCUGUCAGUCAAAAUGGCUUUGGUAAUACCAGAGAAGUUCCAACACAUUCUUCGUAUCCUUGGUACGAAUAUCGAUGGUAAGAGGAAGGUGCAAUUCGCCCUUACGGCGAUUAAGGGUGUUGGUAGACGUUAUUCCAAUAUUGUAUUGAAAAAGGCCGAUGUCAACUUAGACAAACGUGCUGGAGAAUGUUCUGAAGAGGAAGUAGAAAAAAUUAUUACAAUUAUGUCUAACCCUCGUCAAUACAAAAUCCCUGACUGGUUCUUGAACAGACAGAAAGAUAUAAUUGAUGGUAAAUAUAGUCAGUUGACUUCCUCGAGUCUUGAUUCAAAACUCCGUGAAGAUUUAGAAAGGAUGAAGAAGAUCCGUGCCCACAGAGGUAUGAGACAUUACUGGGGUCUCAGAGUAAGAGGUCAACACACCAAAACUACUGGACGUCGUGGACGUACUGUUGGUGUAUCCAAGAAGAAGUAA